UUAACAGAGUUGAAGAUCCAGAGCGCGCACACGCCCUUUCCGGAAACUUGCUUUCCCGGCCCUUAUGAACUCUCUUGUCUCUCCCUUUUGGAUUGCGUUACGGCUUACGACUUCCCCACCAAUUGUCGGAUCGCUGUUGCAGAUCUUCCUCGUCUGGAUACCCUUCUCCAGAUUGCCCAAUCCGUUUCCAAUGUGGAUUUUGACUACCAGAUUUGAUGCUCCAGGUACUCUUUACCUUCUCCACUGACGCGUGCUGUCCAAAAGUUGGGAUUUUCUUGACCGGAAUUAGCUGGUUUUGUUGGGAGAUUGGUUGUCGAUCUGCAGUUGUUCGCAGCUAUUGUUGACGAUUGCUUCUUCUCAGUCGAUUAACUAGGGUUUCUCUGACGGCGAUGCGUUGAUUCAGCAAGGUUUAUUGGGUGUAUAAGAUUUGGGGGAAUCGAGUGCUAUGAAAGGGGUGGAGGAGGAUAAGAUCACAGGGCCUCUCUUUCCGAGGCUCCAUGUUAAUGACACUCAUAAAGGGGGUCCGAAGGCUGCCCCAAGGAACAAAAUGGUGUUAUACGAGCAGCUCAGCAUUCCUUCUCAAAGGUUCAACUCGAGCUCCUCCACCAUGCCAUUUCCUCCUUGCCACUUCAACAAUUCGGUCCCUUCCCUUUCCUCGAGUCAGGGAUGCGGUCAGCAGAGGAAGAUGCUUUCUCCUUUUCGAAUGACCUCUCAAAUGCCUGUUCAUGCUGCAGAAAAGGCUGGAACAUCUGAUGGAAUGAACCUGGUUGGGAAAAGGAUGGAAUUGUACAGGAAAUCCAUUAAGCAAGUUAGUUCUGAGAAUCUAUUUGGCACAGGAUUAGUUGCUGAAUAUAGAUCACAAAGACAAGAAGACCCUAGUAUGAAAAUUCCUUGUGAGAAUGUUUUAGAUGAUGCAGAGGAUACUGAUGUUCGUACCUUCGAUCAGUUGGAAAGUGUUGCAUUCUUGAAAAAGGAUACACAUAUGACAAGUCCAAUGUUAACUGCCUCCAUUUCCCACAAACUGCAGAAGAGUCUUACAUCUGAUAAUUAUUUAUAUCGAGGCCUUAAUUUGGAUCAGAAACCUUUGGAAGAAACAUAUAUUGCUGAAGUUAGUUGUUCUCAAAGUACUCACAUGAAAGAUCUUAAAGAAACUUCACCAAUUGAAAAAACAAAGGAAACAAAACAAAAGUCUCCAUGCAAUGAAAUGACUGACCUACGAAACAGUUCGAAAGACUCUGCAGUUAGAAUUGACACAAAUAAUUUUCAUUUAGUUGAGAAAUUUAUGAAUGAGAAAACGGGAUUAUGUCAAGAAAAUGGCGAUCAAGGCAAUUUCCAUACUUUAAAUGGCAUUGCUAUUUGUAAUGGUGGUAAAUCUUCAGAGGCCAAAAGCGAGCUAUAUCUCAAUUUGUCACCUAGAAAAAAUCCUAGAACUUCUAAUUUGUCUAAGAACUGUUUUAAUGAGGACAAUCCCAAGAAAAAAGGGUCACUGGUAUUCGAUGAUGUAGAGAGGCAAGAUGAUGAUGAUGAUGCAUAUGAACCCUCAAUGGCAGGGACAGAAUCAAGCUUGGAUAUUUCCCCAUAUGAUAUUAUUGCAGUAAUUGGCACAAAGCCCUUUGUUAAGGCCCGAAGAGCUAUUGUCAAUCAGCAGAGGGUGUUAGGAAUACAAGUUUCUGAGCUUCACAGAUUAAUAAAGGUUCAGAAGUUGAUAGCUGCAUCUCCUCAUUUACUUCUUGAAGCCAAUUCUUCUUUGAGCAAACCUUCAGUAAAAACUCGGCACGAUACUAAAUCACUUCAAUACAACAGAAAUUCACAGUCAGUGGAAUUUAAGAGACUAGAUGAGCUUUGUAAAACGAACCAUAAUGUGGAGCAGCCAAUGGAGGAUGGAAUAUCUGGAGUCCCAGUUCUCCCUGCAUGUGUGGAUGGAUCCAAAAGGGGUCCUCAAGAUCAAGUCCCAAAUAUCAGAGCACACUCUGUUAUGCCUUCAGCUGUGCAAAUUUCUUCUGACCAGAUGACAAAUCCUUGGUGUUUUUCUCCCUUGGCAAACCGAUGGUUAGUUCCAGUUAUGUCACAAUCAGAUGGGCUCGUUUACAAACCCUACUCCAGACAUUGUCCACCUCCUAAUGGCUUCAUGCCUCCUCUUUAUGGAGGCUGCAAUCCUCUUGGAGUCUCUCCUCCGAGCAGAGACUUUAUAAACGCUGCUCAUGCUGUUCCAGUAUCUCAUCAACUGCCAAACAUGGUUCUGCCUGGACAGCCCACAAUGUCAUCUCCCUAUUUUCCCAUCCCUUACAGCUUCCCACCUUCCAACCCAAUCAUCACAAGUUCUACAGUUGAGCAGGCUAGUAAUCUGUCUAGUUCCCAAGUAAAUGGGAAGACCGGUCAGCUCUCUCGACGCUCACAUAACAUGCUUCAUCAUUUGAGGAAGGAUGCACUUGUUGGCAAUCCUAGGAAGUUUCAGCUAUCUAAGAAGAGUGAGUUGCAAGGAAGUACAGCAAGUAGUCCCUCUGAGAAGGCAAAUCCAGAAAAUAGAUGUCCAGUCCCUCCUUUGCCUGCUGCUCCGGCAGCUAGCAAGGAUAGCCAAACACGCAUUAUUAAAGUUGUGCCUCACAAUGCUAGGUCUGCUACCGAGUCAGCAGCGAGGAUUUUCCAAUCAAUUCAGGAAGAGAGGUAGCAGCACGACCCAUGAUCAAUUCAGCGAUCGAGUUCAAUUUGCUUGUCAAUUUCAAUGGUUCGUGAAAGAAGCUUUAGCACAACAUAUGAACUUAUGCAUUAUCUUAUAGGUACCGUAAUAGUAUAAUUCUAUGUGCAUGUACGAGAGUUUCAAUAUCGACCCUGUUUCAAUUUAAACUUGGCUCUAAAUGUUCUUCCAGUUGAGGUGAAAGGUUAUCGGUCUCGCUUACAGUC